AAUUAAUAAACCUCCUAAAGAAUUGGAAUUCAUUCCAACAGUUUCUUUCUUUAAACUCUUUUCAAUUUUGUUGAGUAAUGGAGGGCAGCAUGAAAUUCAAAAACUUAUUCGUGAAUCUGAUCCUAAUAAGAUUGGUUUAGUGAAACUUUUUUCUUUUGGUUGGUCAGUUCAUAUAACUGACAUCGAAUAUGCUAAAUCAUUUCUCUCUGAGAAUGUACACACAAUUCCAAAGGUCGAAUUUUCUCCAAAAGAUCCACAUAGUAUUAUCUUUGGAAAAGGAAUAAUAAUGUCGAAUGGAGACCAUUGGGAACAACAGCGAAAAAUUGCAUCACCAGCAUUUAAUCAAGUACUUCGUCCUGAUAUGGUUGGAGAAUGCACAAAUGAGUUUAUAAAGUUGUUAAACAAGUGGACAGAUACUCCGAUAGAUGUGCUUUCAUUAACGAAACGUCUUACUGUUCAAGUUUUAGGAAAAUUGGCUUUCGCAUACGAUAUGAAAGCAUUGGAUAGUUUAGAAGAACAGCCAUACUUUUUAAAUAUAUAUAACAAAAUUUUUCAACAUACCAAUAAUUAUCUUUUUACGAUAUUUCCAUUUUUGAAUUCACUUCCUCUUAAAAGAAAUUUUGAAUUUUUUUCAUUAGUUAAAGAGUUUGACAAUUUUAUAUUUAAAAUAAUCGAACAACGUAGACUUGAAAUAUCUAAAGAAAAAAAUAAAAAUACUGAUUUAUUGGCUGAAAUUUUAAAAGCUGCUAAUCAUGAAGAAGAUUAUUACAAGAAUAAGGAACUUAGAGAUAAUCUAAUUAAUUAUUUCAUUGCAGGAAAUGAUAGCAACAUUAUUCUUUAUUAUUUAGCAAAAUAUCCCGAUAUUCAAAAAAAAGCUAGAGAGGAAGCAAUUAAUGUUCUAGGAAGUGCUUCAAAUUUACCAACUUCUGAAAAUCUUAAGGAUCUAAAAUAUCUAACAGCAAUAAUUAUGGAAUCACUUCGCCUUUAUCCACCAGCAGCAACAAUAGUACAUCGUAAACUUACCAAGCCAUUGAAUUUAUCAAAAAAUAUUAUAUUACCAAAUAAAGGAAUGGUUGUAGUAAAUUUCUGGCAAAUUCAAAGAAACCCAGAUAUUUGGACUGAUGCUAAUAAAUUUAUACCCGAAAGAUUUAUAAAUCCUGAUAAAGAGAUAAGAAAUAGUUGGAUUCCAUUUUCUAUUGGAUCUAGAAGCUGUCUAGGUCAAAAUUUUGCAAUGAAGGAACAAAAAAUUAUUAUUGCAUUAACACUUCUUAAUUUUGAAAUUAAAUUUCCAUCAAAUAUUCAACACUUAGAUGAAAUACCAUUACAAAAAACUUAUUUGCUACAUCCUAAAAAAAUAGACAUUAUAUUUUCGAAGUUAAAAUAG